AUGUCAUUUGCGACAUAUUACGGAAAGUUGAAACUGUUGUGGGAUGAGUUGGCCAAUUACGAUCAAAUCCCGAUAUGUAGUUGUGGUGGAUGCAAGUGUGAUAUAUCAUCAGAAAUAGAAAAGAGAAGAGAGGAAGAAAGAGUUCAUCAAUUCCUUAUGGGAUUGGAUGAUGCAAUUUACGGGACUGUUCGAUCCAAUCUUCUUGCAACAGAUCCGCUGCCCAAUCUCAAUAGGAUAUACUCAACAAUGAUUCAAGAAGAAAGGGUGAGAAUGAUGACUAGAACCACAGAAGAAAGAAGAGAAGUGAUGAGCUUAGCUGUUCAAACAAACGGACGUGCAGUCAAAGGAAGAUGGGAUGGAAAAUACAAGUUUAUGUCUUGUACACAUUGUCAUCGAGCAGGACAUGACGCAGGAAGUUGUUUUCAACUUGUUGGUUAUCCCGAGUGGUGGGGAGACAGACCAAAAAAUGAAGGGAAAAGUGGUGGACGAGGCAAGUCACUACAGCAAGCAGGAACUGGACGAGGAAGAGGAGGAAUUGUGCGUGCAACUGCGAAUGUUGUACACACAGGUGGAACAAAUGCAGAAACUGGGGUUUCACACGGAGAUGGUUUUGGCUUGGCUGGAAUCAGUGCAGAACAAUUGCAAUCGUUGGUAGGAUUUCUAAAUGUUCAUAAAGCAAACUCCAAUGACAAGAUGACAGGUGAGUGCAAUAUGAAUACAUGGAUAAUUGACACAGGUUGUUCUAACCACAUGACUGGAAACUUGAAUCAUAUGCGAGAACUAAGAGAUAUUCAAAGUUGUUCAGUUGGCCUACCUAAUGGAGAACAUGCUUCAGCAAUCAAAGAAGGAAGUAUAGUGUUGGAAGGAGGGUUAAAACUUGAUAAUCAAAUGACUGGAAACUUGAAUCAUAUGCGAGAACUAAGAGAUAUUCAAAGUUGUUCGGUUGGCCUACCUAAUGGAGAACAUGCUUCAACAAUCAAAGAAGGAAGUAUAGUGUUGGAAGGAGGGUUAAAACUUGAUAAUGUUCUCUUUGUGCCAAAAUUGAAAUGCAACUUGAUAUCUGUUUCACAAAUGAUGAAUGAAUUAAAAUGUGUCAUUCAAUUCACUGAUAAGUUAUGUGUUGUGCAUGACCGUACUUCGAGGACGCUGAUUGGAGCGGGUGAACAAAGAGAUGGGCUUUACUUCUUCAGAGGAGUUCGAAGAGAGAGAGCUUGCAAGACUGAUGGACUCCACCCAAUGGACCUUUGGCACAAACGGUUGGGACAUCCUUCCUUAAAAAUUUCAAAGUUAAUUCCUCAAGUGAGUAGACACAAAGAUAUCAAUGUAGUGAAUAAAGCAUGUGAAGUUUGUUUUAGAGCCAAACAAACCAGAGAGAAGUUUCCUUUGAGUCAAAAUAAAGCUAGUAGUGCAUUUGAAUUAAUUCACUGUGAUUUAUGGGGAGCAUAUCGGACUCCUUCUACUUGUGGUGCUUUUUAUUUUUUAACAAUAGUCGAUGAUUAUUCACGUGUUGUAUGGGUAUAUUUGUUGACUGAUAAACGAGAAGUCUCGACAAUGCUUCACAAUUUUUUGGCUUUAGUUUAG